CCCCCCCCCCCCCCCCCCCACCCCCUCUGCCUCGUCUCUUGUGCCCCCCCCCCCUCCGCCCCUGCCCCCCUCCCCCCUGCCCCCCUACCCAGCCACACCGUCCCCCCCCCCGCCCCCUCCCCCCCCCCCCCCUCCCCCCCCCCCCCCCCCCCCCCGCUCCCCCCCCCCCCGCCCCUGCCCCCCCCCCCCCCCCCCCCCCCCCCGUCCACCACCCCCCCCCUCCCCCCCCCCAGACCCCCCCUCUCCCCCCCCCCCCCCCCCCCCCCCCCGCACCCCGACCCCCCCCCCCCCGCCGCCCCCCGACCCGUGGCCACCCCCCCCCCCCCCCCCCCCCCCCCCCCCCGUCCGCCCCCCCCCCCCCGCCCCCCCCCCCCCCCCCCCCCCGCCGCCCCCCCCCCCCGCCGGGGCCCGCCCCACCGCCCCCGCCCCGCCCCCCCCGCCGGCCACGCCCCCCCCCCGCCCCCCCGGCCCCCCGCCGGGGCCCCCGCCGGCCCGCCCCCCGCGCGGCCCCGCUGGGCGGGUGCCCCUCCCGGGGGGGCUGCGCCCCCGCCCCCCCCGCCCACGCGCCCCCCGCCCCGCCCCUGCCUGCCCCCCCCCCGGCGCGGCCCCGCGCCCCGCCCGCCCCCCCCCCGCCCCACCCCCCCCCCCCCCCCCGGCCCCGGCACGCCCCCCACCCGCGGCCCGCCCCCCCCCCGACCUCGCGGCGCCCCCCCCCCCCCCCCCCCCGGCCCCGGGCCCCCCGCGCCGCCCGCCCCCCCGCCGGGCCCUGCCGCCCCGGGGCCGCCGGACGGGGGGCGCCCGCGCCCGACGACCGACGGACGCGCUCGCGCGCGCGCGGGGCCCCCCGCUCGCCCGCCCCCGGCCCCCCCGCGGCGGCACCCCCCGGCCCGGCCCCCCCCCCCCGGCCGCCCCCCGCGGCGGCGCACCCCCCCCCCCCCGCCCCCCGCCCGCCCCCCGGCCCCCCCGCCGCCCCGCCCGCGUCCCCCCCGCGACCCCCCCCCGGCCCCCCCCCGGCGAGGCCCGGCCCACCCCCGCCGCCCCCACCGCCCCCCCGCGCCCCGGGCCGCCCCAGCCCCUCGCGGAACGCCCCCCCCGCGGCCCGGCCCCCGCGCGCCGCCCCCGCCCCCCCCGGCCGCCCGCACGGACCCCCGGCCCCGCCCGCUACCCCCCCCGGCCCCGGCCCGACGCCCCCGGCCCCCUGCCCGCCACCCCCGGGCCGGGCCAGGCCCGGCGGGUGCCCCUGUCCCCCCGCCCGCGCCCCGGCCCGGGACCCGGGCGCGUGGCGGUGCCCCGCCCCCGCCCCCCGCCCCGGCCCCCCCCCCGCCCCCCCCCCCCCCCCCCGCCCCGCCCCCCCGCCCCCCCCCCCCCCGCCGCCGCCCCCCGCCCCCCGCCCCCCCCCACCGUCUCCACCCCCCUCCCGGCGCCCCGCCCCCCCCCCCCCCCCCCCGCCCCCCCCCCCCUGCCGGGGUCCCCCCCCCGCCCGCCCCGUGCCCCCCGCCGCCGGCCCCCCCCCCCCCGGCGGGGCCGGCCGCCCCACCCCCCCCGCGCCCGCGGCCCCGACGCUCCCCGCCCCCCCCCGUGUCCCCCCCGCCCCCGGGCCCGCCCCCCGCCCCCGCCCCCCCCCGGCGCCGGCGCCUGCCCCGCCGGUCGGCCUCCCCCGUCGGCCCGCCCGCCCCCCCCCCCGCCGCCCCCGCACAGGCGCCGCGCCCCCCCCCCCGCCCCCCGUCGCCCCCCGCGGCCGCCGCCCCGCCCAACCCCCGCCCGCCGACCGCCCCCCCCGCCCCCGCCCCCCCCCGGUGACCCCGCGCUCCCGGGGGCCGGCGCCCCCGCCGCCCCCCCCCCCACCGCCCCCGGCCCCCCGCGCGGCCCCCCCCCCGGCUCGCCCGGCGCGUCCCGCCCCCCCCCCCCGCCGCCCCGCCGGCCCCCGGCCGGCGCAACCCCCCCCCCGCGCCCCCCGCCCCCCCCCCCGCUUGGGCACCCCCCCCGGGCCCGCGGGCCCGCCCCCCCGCCCCCCCCCCGCACCCCCCCCCCCGACCCCCCCCCCGCCCCCCCUCCCCCCCGCCCGCCCUCGCACCUCCGCCCGCCCGCCCCCGCCCCCCCCCCCCCCCGACCCCCCCGGCCCCCCCGCCCCCCCCCCCCCCCGGCACCGGGGCCGGCCCCCGCGCCUCCCGCGCCGCCGCCGCCCCCCCCCCCCCGGCGCCCCCCCCCGGAGCCCCCCCCCCCCGCCCCCGCGCCCUCCUCCUCCCCGGGCCCGGCGCCCCGCUCCCCGACGCCCCCCCCCCGCGCCCCCCCCCCCCCCGCCCCGGUCCGACGCCCCCCGCUCCCCCCGACCCCCCGCCCCCCCCCGUGGCGGCGCCGCCCCCCCCCCGGAACGCCCGGCCCCGGCCGCACCCCCCCCCCGCCCCCCCACCUCGGCCGGCCCCCGACGGGCCCCGACCCCGGCCGCGCGCGCCCCGCCCCCCCCGGCCGGGCCCCGCCCCCUGGCCCCCCCCCCCCGCCCCCCCCGGGCCCCCCCCCCCGGACGCGGCCCCCGGGCAGCCCCCCGCCCCUCCGGCACCCCGCACCCGGGCCGCCCCCCCCCCCGCCCCCCGGCGCCCGGGCCCCCCCCCCCCCCGGCCCGCCCCCCCCCGUGGGCGGGCCCCGCGCCCCCCUCUGGGGCGGCGCCGGCCCCCCGCCCCCACCCCCCCCCCCCGCCCCCGGCCGCCCACGAUCCCGCGCCCCCCGCCCCCCGCCCGCACGGGACUCGCGGAGCGGUGCCCCCCGACCCCGCCCGGCGGCCCCCCCCCCCCGCCCCCCGCCCGCCGGCGCCGCCGGAACCGCGGCCGGCCCGGCCCCCGCCCCGGCCGCGGGGUGGGUGGGCCCACCGCCCCCGGUCCCCCCGCCCCGACCACCCCCCGGCCCCCCCCCCCCCGCCCCCGCCGCCCCGCCGGCCCCGACGCCGCAGCGCCGGGACCCGCGACGCCGGCGCAACCGGCCGGUCGCCCGCUCCGCCCGCCCCCCGCGCCCGACCCACGCCCGCGGCCGCCCCCCCGCGUCGCCUCCCGCCCCGCACCGGCCGCCCCCCGGCCCCCGCCCCGCGCGCCCCCCACGGACCCCCGCGCCCGCGGCCGGGCCGCCCGCCGGACCCCCGCGGGGGCCCGGCGCCCGGGCCCCCCCGCCGCCCCCCCGACCCCGGCCCCCCGCGCGCCCCCGCCGCCGGCCCGCCCCGACGCCCCUCCGCGCGGCCGCCCGGGACGCGGCGCGCCAGGCCCCACCACGCCCCGCCCCCCCCGUGCACACCCCCCCCCCCGGCCCCCCGCGGCCCCCCCCGCGGGCCCUCCCGCCCGCGGCGGUCCCCCCCCCCCCCGGGCCCCCCCCCUCCCCCGCCCGCCCCGCCCCCCGCCGCCCGGCGCGCCCGCGUCCGCCCCCACGCCCGCCGCCCCCCCGCCCCGCCCCCGGCCCGGCCCCCCCGCCGCCCCCCCCUCCCGCACCGACCCCCGCCGGCCCGUGGACGCCCCCCCCCGCGCCCCCCCCCAGCGGCCCCCCCGCGCGACCGACCGCCCCCCCCCCCCCCCCGGCCCGCCUGCCGCCGCCCCCCGGCCGGGGGCCCCCCCCCCACCCCCGCGCCCCCCCCGCCCGAACGGCGGCCCGCGCGCCAGACCGCGCCGCCCGCCGACGCCCCCACGGCCCCCCGGCGCCGACUCAUGUGUCGGCCGGGCAGCCCCCGCCCGCCCAGCGCCGCGGCCGGCCCGCAGCCCCGACCCCCUCCGCGGCGGCCCCCCCGCAGGCCGCGGCGGCGCCCCCCGGCCCCCCCCCCCGGGUCCCCGCCCGGGGCGCCCGGCCCCCGGGACCCCGCCCCCCCCCGGCAGGCCCCCCCCCGGAGCGACGCGGCCCCCCGGGUUCCGCGAAGCCCGGACCGCCACCCGCCGGGGCCCGGACCCGCCCCCCGCGCCAACCGGAAGCCCCCGUGUCCGGACCCCACGCCCACCCCCCGCCCCGCGGGGGCCUCCUGCCCGCCCCCCCCGCGCGCCGCCCCCGGACCCCGUCGGCCACCCCGGGGCGGGCUCCCCGCGCCGCCCCCGGGGCCCCCCCGCCCCCCGGGACCCCGGCGCCCGGCCGACCCCUGACAGGCCCCCCCACCGGCCCACCCCCGCGCCCGCGCCCCACCAUACGGGCGCCGGGCGAACCGCCAGCACGCCCCGGGCACGGCCCCUACGCCCGCGGCCCGCCGCGGCCCGCCGCCCCCCCGGCCCCGACCGCGCCCGCCCGCCGCCCGCCCCCCGGCCCCCGGCCCCCCCCCCGGCCCGGGGGGUGGGGUGGGGGCGGCGCCGCCCGGCCCCGGGGACCCGCGCGGUUCGCCCCGCCCGGCGGACCCCCGCCCCCCGCCGCCGCGCCCCCCCGGACCCCCCCGCCCCCGCCCCCCGGCCCGCACCCCCCCGCCCGCCCGUGCCCCCCCCCCCGCCGCCCCCACCCCCCGUCCCCCGAGCCGCCCUCCCCGCACGCCCCGACGGCCCCCCCCCCUCCUAAGCGCCGCGGCGCCCCCCCCUCCCCGCCCCGCCCGCCCCCCCCCGGACCGCCCGCCGCCGCGACCACGGGGGCCCCGCCGCCCGCCCACCCCGCGCCGCCCAGCGGGACGGCCCCGCCGCGCCCCCCCCCCCGCCCCGGCCCGGCCCGCCACCCCCCCCGCCGGCGCCGCGCCCCCCACAGUCGCGACCCCGGCCCCGCCCCGGACCCCCGACCCGCCCCCCGGACCCCGCCGCGAGGACGGACCGGCCUCGACGCCCCGGCCGGCCGGGGCGCCCCGCCCCCCCCGGGGUCGCGCGCCACCGCCCGGCGCCCCCCCAGCGCCCGCCCGCCCGCGCCCCGCCCCGGCCGCCCCCCGUCGCCCCGCGGGGCGGGCCCCCCCCGGGACCGGCGGGGACGCCGGCCCCCCCCGGCCCCCCCGGCCCCGGCCGCCGGCUCACCCCCCGCCGGGGGGCCCCGUGCCCCCCCCACCCGCCGGCCCCCGCCGGCGCCCCGCCCCCCCCAGCGACCCCCCUCCCGCCCCCCCCCGACCCGACCCCCCACGGCGCAGGCCCCCGCCCCCCACCCGCCCCGGCGGCCCCGCCCCGCCCCCCCCCCGACCCCCCCCCACCGCUCCUCCCGACGACCUCGCCCCCCCCGCCGCCCCCCGCCCCCCGCCCCGCGCCGGCCCCCGCCCGCCGGCGGCGCCCCCCGCCCCCCCCGUCCCGCCCCCCCCAAGGCCGCCCGGACGGCCCCCCCCCCCACGCCGCCCUGGCCCCACCCCCCCCCCCACCCGCAACUCGCCAGGCCCGGCUCAGGGACCCCGCCCGCCGCGGCGCCCGGUGGGCCGGGCCCACGGCCCCCCCCCGGGGCCGCGCGAGCCCCCCCCGACCGCCCGCCGCCGCGCCCCACCCCGCCCGCCGGGCCCCCGGAACGCGCCCGCCUGUCCCCCGACCGCGCACCCCCGCCCCCGGCUGCCCCGCGCCCCGCCCCCCGGACCCCCCCCCCCCACCGCCCCCCCGGCCCCCUCCGGCCGCGCCCCCGCCCCCCCCCCCCCCGCCCCGGGGCCCCCCGCGGAGCCCCGAUCUCGCCCUCCCCGACCCCCCCCCCUGACCCCCCCCGCCCGCCAGACGCCCCGCCCGGCCCGCCCGGUGGACCCGCCCCCGCUCGCCCCUGCCGCACCCCAACCCGGCCGCGCCCCGCGCGCCCUCCCGACGCCCCCCCCCCCCGCCGCCCCCCCGCGCCCAAGCGGCCCGCUCGCCCCGGCCCCCGACCCUCGACCGGCCGGGGCCCACCCACCCCCGACCCGCGCGCCGCCCCCGCGGACGCGCGCCCCCCGGACCCCCGGCGCCCCGCUCGCCCCGGACGCCCCGGGGGCGCCCCCGUGCCCGGACGGCGGCCGCCCGCGGGCCCCCGCCCCCCCCCCGGGCCCGCCGCGCCCACCCGGCGCCCCCCCCGCGGCCCCCCCCCCCCCCCCCCGCGCCCCCCCGCGUCCCGGACGCGCUGCCCGCUCCCGCCGCCCGGCCCGCCACCCCGGCCCCCGCCGCCCGCCGGGCCGCCCCCCCCGCCGCGGGCCCGGACUGGCGCCCCACCCCGCCCCGACCCCGCGCACCGGGACGCGACCCCCGUUCCCCCCCCCCCCCUUCCCCCCCCGCCCCGUAGCCGCGCCCCCCCCCGGACCCCCCCCCCCGCCCCCGCGCCCCGGCCGCCGCCCGCCACCGCCCCCCCCCCGCCCCGCGCGGCCCCCCCUGACCCACCCCCGGACCCCUCCCCUCGGCCCCGGCCACCCCCCCCCCGGCCGCGGUCCCCCCCCCCCCCGCGGCCCCCGCCGCCCCCGUGCCCUGCCGGCCCCCCCCCGCCCCCCCGCCGCCCCCCCCGGCCCCCCCCCCCCCCCGUCGCCGCGCCCCGCCCGCCCCGGCCCCGACCGCCCCCCCCCACCCCACCCCCGGCGCCCCCCAGCCCCCCCCCACCCCCCGACCCCCGCCCCCCCGCCCCGCCCCCGACCCCCCGAUCCCCCCGGGGCGGGACCCCCCCCAGCGCACCCCCCCCCGCCGGCGCGCCCCCUCCUCGCCCCCCCCGCCCGAACCCCCCCGCCGUACCGACCCCCCGCCCCUCGCCCGGCCCGCGCGGGGACCGACCGCCCCCCCGGCCGCCCCCCCCCCGGCCGCGCCCCCUGCCCCCACGUCCGCGCCCCCUGCCCCCCGGCGCCCCGGGGAACCCCCCCCCCCCGACCCCCACACGCGUGGGCCCCGCCGGCCCCCCGUCCCCGCGGCCGCCCCCCCCCCCGCCCCCGCCGCGUCGCGGGGCCUGCGACGGCCCUGCCCCCGCCGCCCCCGGGCGGCUCCGCCGCCCCCCCCAGCCCCCCCCUCACCCCCCGCCCCCCCCCCCACCCCCCCCCCCCGCGGCCGUGGGCCCCCGGGCCGCCCCCCCGGGGCCCCGGCCCGGCACCGCCCCGCCCCCCCGCCCCCCCCCCCCCCCCCCCCGCCGGCCCGGCCCCCGACCCCCCCCGCCGACCCGCGGGGCCCCACCACCGACCCCCCUCGCGCCAUCCCGGCCCCCUGCCCGCCCCCCCCCCCCCCCCGACGCCACGCCCCCGCGCGCCGGACCGCGCCGGUGCCCUGUGCCCCGCACGGGCCCCCCGCCACCGACGCCCCACCACCUCCCACCCUCCCCCCCCCGGCGACCCCUGCGCCCCCCCCCCCCGGCCCCGGUGCGCCGCCGCCCCCCCUCUGCACGGGACGGACCAGCCCCCCGCCUCCCGCCCCCCCCGCCCGCCGCCCCCGGGGCGGGCCCCGCCCCGCGGCCCGCGUCUCGUGGCCCCCCGCCACCGGCAGCCCCCCCUUCACCCCCAACCCGCGCCCCCCGCCCCCCCCGCCCCGCGCGCCCGCCGCGCCCCGACCACCCCCCGCCCCCCCCCACCACCCUGGGCCCCGACCCGUGCCCCGAGCGACCGCCACCCCCCCCGGCCCCCCCCGCCCCGGCAGCGGCGGCGGCCCACCGCGCGGCUCCCCCCCCCGCCCCCCCCGGGGCCCCCCCACAGCCCCCCCCCGGCCGGCCCCAGCGCCCAGGGGCCUGCCGCCCCGCCCCCCCCCCCGGGGGGCGUCGCGACCCCCGGGCGCCCCGUCCCGGCCCCCGCCUCCGUCCCCCCGCCCCCGCCCCCUCCCCCCGGACCACCCCCCCCCACCCCCCCCCCUCUGACCCCCGCGCCCCCCCCCCCCGCGCCGCCCGGCACCCGCCCCGCGCUCGCCCCGGCCCCCCUACGCAACCCCGGACGCCCCCCCCCGCGCGCCGCCCCUCGGGCGGCCCCCCGCGGCACUCCGGCCCCCCCCCCCCCUCCGUCCCCACGGCCCACGUCGCGCCCCCCCGACCCCCGCCCCGGCCCGCCGCCCCCCCCCGGCCGCCCCCCACCGCCCGCGCGGGCGACCGCCGCCGGGCCAAGGGGGACCCCCCGGGCCCGCCCCCCCCGCCACCGACGCCCCCCCCCGGCCCCCGGCCCCCCGGCCCGCCCCCGCCCCCCGUCCCCCGCCGCCGCCCGCACCGCGCCCCGGCCGGGCCACCCCCCACCCCUCCCACCCCCGCCGGGGGCCCCGGGGCCCCCCCCCCGCCCACCGGCGCCACCCCAUCCGGCCCCCCCAGCCCCCGGCCCCUCCGCGUGCGCCGCCCGCGGCCCCGGCCCCCACCUGCACCCGACUGGCCCCCCCGGCCGGCCCCCCCCCCCCGUGCUCCCCCCCCGCCACGCCCCCCGGACCCGCCCGCGCGCCCGCCGGCCCCGCUGUCCCCGCCCCCGCCCCGCGUCGGUGACCGCCCGCCCCGCGCGCCCCGCGCGCCCCCGCCGGCCCCCUCCCCGACCGCCCGAGCCUGGCGCCCGCGGCCCACCCCCCCCCCCCCCCCACCCCCUCCCGCAGGCCGGCGCCCACCCCCCGCGCCGCCCCCCGCCCCCCCCCGGCCCAACCCCCGGGACCCCGGGUCCCCCGGCCCCACCCCCGCCCACCGCCCCCGGCCCGACACCCGCCCCCCCACCCGCCGGGCCCCACCCCCGACCCGCCGCCCCUCCCGGACCCCCCCGCCCCCGACCGGUCCGCCGCCCCCGCCCCCCCGCCUGCCGGCCCCCCCCCCGCCCCUCCCGCCGCCCCCCCCCCCGCCCGCGCGCAGCCCCUAUCCCCCGCGGGCGGGACCGGCGCCACCCCAGCCCCGGCGGCCCGCGCGCGCCCCCCUUUGCCUUGUGUGCGUUGUGUUGCCCCCACCCCCCCCACGCGGCCGGGCCCCGGUACCCCCCGGCGGCCCGCGCGACCCGGACCCCUCCCCGCCCACCCCCCCAGGUCUGCGCCGCGCCCCCCCCCCCCCGGACCGCCCGACCCCCCCGCCCCCCGCCCCCCCCCCCCCGGCGACCCCUCCCCCCCGCCCCCACGCGGGCCCCGCCCCCUACCCCCCCCCCCCCUCGCCGCCCCCCCCCCGCCCCGCCCCCCGGACGCCCCCGCCCCCCCCCUCCCAGGCGGGCCGCCGCCCCGACCCCGCCGCCGCUCGGCCCGGCGCGCGCCGGGCCUGCGCCGGCCCCGCUGCCCCCCCCCGACGCGCCUGCCCCCGCCCCCCCCCGCCCCGGCGGCCCCCCCGGGGACGGCCCCCCCCCGUCCCCCCGCACUGGGGACGCCCCGCCGACACGCGACCCCCCCCGCCGGGACGCCGACGCGCCGCCCUCCGCCCGUCCCCGCCAGGCCCCCCCGAGCCUCCCCCCGACCACACGCGACCGGCCCCCGCCCGGCCCCCCCCCCCCCGACCCCCACCCCGCCCCCGCCCAGCCGCCCCCGCCCGCCCCCCCGGGCCCUCCCGCCCCCCGGGCGCCCCCGCUCGCGCAGGGUGCCGACCCCGACCCCCCCCCCCGGGGACCCCCCACCGCCCCGGCGGCCCCCCGGCAACCCCCCGCCACCAGCCCCCCCCGGGACGCCGGACCCCGGCCCCCCGCCCCCCCCCCCACCGGAGGCCCCCCUCGGCUCCCCCGGGGCCACACACCACCCACCCGCCCGACGCCCGCCCCCCCCGCCACGCCCCGCCCCCAACCCCCGCCGGGCCCGCCCAAGCCGGCCCCGGGCCGCCCCCCGCCGGGGCCCCCCGGCGCCCGCCACCCGCCCCGGGGCCCCCCCCCCGCGAGCGUGACGGACCCCGGCCGCCCCGACCCGCCCCGGCCGGCGCCCCGGGACCCCGCCCCCCCGCCCGGCGCGCCCCGCCCCCCCCCUGCGCCCGCCGCCCGGCCCCCCCCCCAGCCGGACCCGGGGGACCCCGGGCCCCCGCCCCCGCCCCCGACGCGACACGCCGCCCCCCCCCCGCUGCCCCCCCCGAGCCCGGCCCCCCGGAGGGCCGGGCCCCGGCGACCCGCGGCCGGGACCCCCGCCCCCCGCCCCCCGCCCCACGACCGGGCCCCCCCGCCCGGCCCCCCCGCGGCCCCCUCCGCCGGCCCCCCCGGACGCCCCCCCGCCCCCUCCGCCCCCCCCCCGCCGCCCCGCGGCCCCCCCGCGCCGCGCUCCCGCCCCCCCCCGCCCACGCCGCGCCCCCCCGGUCCCCCACGCCCGCCCCCCCGCGCCCCCCCCCGGCCCGCCGCGCCCCCCCCCCCCCCUCGGCCCCCCCCGCCGCCCCGGGCGCCCCGGGGGCGACGGGCCCCCGCCCACGCCCGGCCCCCCCCCGCGCCCCCCCGACCCCGGACGAGGGCCCCCGGCCCCCCACCGCCGGCCCCCGCGGCGGUGCCACCCGCGCGCCCGCACUGGGCCCGGCGCUGCCCCCGCACCCCCGGGCCCCGCCCCCCCGACCGGCCCCCGCCCCGCACACCCCCCCCCCGCACCGCCCGGCCCCGCCCCGGCCGCCCCGCCCGCGCGGCGCCCCCCCCCCCCCCCCCCCCCCCUGCCCCCCCCGGCCGCGCCCCCGCCCCGCCCGGCCAGGCGCCGCCCCCCCCGCCCCCCCCCCCGGGGGCGACCCCCCCCCCCCCCCCCCCCCGCCCCCCCGCCCACCGUCCCCCCGCGCCCCCGCGCCCCCGCGCCACCGCACGCCCCCGCCGCCCCCUCCCCCUCCGCCCCCCCCCGGGCCGCCCCCCCCCGCCCCCCCCCCCCAACGCAACACCCCGCCGCCACCCCGCGCGCCGCCCCGCCCCCCCCCCGGCCCCUCCCUGGCCCCCCCUCCCCCCCCACGCGCCCGCCGCGACCCGCCGCCCCCGCGCCCCCAGACCCCCCGCCGCCCCGCGCCCCCCCCCCCGCGCCCCCGCCCCGGUCCCGGGCGGGGCCCCACCCCCGCCGCCCCGCAACGCGCGCCACCCCCCCCCCCCCCGCGCCCCACCGCCCCCCCGCCCGCCCUGCCCGCCCCGCCCGGCCCCCCGGCCGGCCCCGCCCCCGACCCCCCCGCCGCCGGCCCCACCGCCCCGCCUCCCGGCCGCCGCGCGACCGCGCCGCCGGGCCCCCAGCCCCGCGGUCCCGGCCCCACCCCCCCCCCCCCCCCCCCCACGGGCGCCCCCCGCCCCCCACGCCCGCCCGCCCCACCGGGAGCCCCCCGGCCCCCCCACGCGACCACCCGCCGAGCCCGCGCCGGGACCACGCCCCAGGGCCCCCCCCCCCCCCGGCGCGCGCCCCGGCGGCGGCCUGCGCCCCCCGCCCGGCCCCCCCCGCCCCGGCCCCCCCUCCGCCGCCCCGCCCCCGCCGCCGGCCCCGCCCCGACCACCCCGGGCCGGCGACCCCCCCGCCAGCCGCCCCCCCGCCCCCCCCGCCGGCCGCCCCCCCCCCCCCCCCGGCCGACGCACCACCGGCCCACCCCCCCCCCACCCGGCCGCCCCCACCCGGCGCCAACCCCGCCCCCCGGCCGAGUGCUCCCCCGGCCGCCCCCCCGCCCGUCCCCGCCGGCGCGCCCGCGCGGCGCACCUCCCGCGAAGCCCCCCGCCCCCGGCAGCGGGACCGCCCAGGCCGACCGGGGCGCCGCCCGGCCCCCGCGCCGCCCCCCGGGGCCCGACCCCGCCCCGCCCCCCCCCGCCCCCACGCCGUGCCGGCCGACCGCCCCCCCGGCCCCCGGCGGCCCCAUCCCCCCCCCCCCCGCCGGUCACGGGCGCGCGCGCCCCGCCCCCCGCCCGGCCGCGGCCCCGCCCGUCCCCAGUGCCCUCCCCCAGGGAACCCCCCCCCCCCCCCCCCCUCCCCCCGCCCGGACCCGCCCCCCCCCGGGCCCCCCCCCCCCCCCCCCGGCCCCCCGCGCCCGACCCUCGGGCCCCCCGCGCCCACCCCGACCCCGCGCCGCCCCCGCCCCCGCUCCCCGCGCCCCCCCCCCCCCCGCCGCCCCCCGGGCCCGGGCCCCCGCCCCCCGGCCGCCCCCCCGAACCCCCCCGGCCCCCCCGCCCCGCCCUGCCGCCGCCGCCGCGCCGAGCCCCGGGCGCCCCCGGUUGCGGGCGUCCACACCCCCCAGGCCCGCCGCCUCCGCCCGGGCCCGCCCGCCGGCUCCCCCCCCCCCCCCCGCCCCCGCCCGGCCGGCCCGGCCACCCCCGCCGCCCGCCGCCCCCCCCGCGGGCUCCCCAGCCCGCGCGCCCCCCCCGCGCCCGCCCGACGCCUCGCGGGGCCCCCCCCCCCCCCGACGGCCGCCCCGCCCCGCCCCCCGCCCCCCCCCCCGCCGGCCCCCCCCCCGCCCCCGCCCCCCCGCCGCCGGCCACUCCCCCCCCCCGCCCCCCGCCUCCCGGGACAGCCCCCGCCCCCCCGGGCACCCCCACCCCCCGCCCCCGGCGGCCGACCCCCCCCCCCCCCCGCCCCCGCCCGCCCCGAACCCGCCCGGGCGCCCCGACCGGCCCCCCCCCACCCCCGUGCCCGCCCGCCCCCGUGCCCGCCCCCCCCCCCCCCGGCCACCAGCCGCCGCCCCCCGGCGCCCCGCCCCCCCCUCGAACCCCCGCCCCCGGGCGCGCCCGCCCCCCCCCCGCGGCCCGGCCCCCCCCCCGUGCCCCCCCCCGCCGGCCCCCCCCACCCGGCGGCCCCCCCGCGCCCCGCCCCCGGCCGCCCCCCGCCGUCGCCGCCGGGGCCCCCCCCCCCCGCCCCCGGUCCCCCCGCCGGCCCGGGGCCGCCCGGCGUGCCCCCCCCCCGGGGCCCCCGCCCCCCCCCCCCCGACCGGGCCGCGCCCCGACUCGCGACCCCCCCCCCCCCACCGCGCCCACGCCGCCCCCCGCCCCCCGCCCGGGCCCCCCCCCAAACCCCAGGGCCGCGCCCGCCGGCCCCCCGCCCCCGAGGACCCCCCCCCCUCGCCCCCCCCCCCGACCCCCCCGCCCCCGGGGCGCCCCCACCCCGACCGACCCCCCCCCCGCCCGCCCCCCCGCCCCCCCCGCCCCACCGCACCGGCCGGCGCCCCCCCCGCCGCCCCCCCCCCCCGGGAACCCCCCCGCCCCCCCCCCCCGCCCGCCCCGGGCGGGGCCGAGUCCCCCGGCCCCCGCCGGUGGGGGGGGGGGGGGGAUCCCGGGGGGGCGGCCCCUCCCCCUCGCCCCCCCGGCCCCCCCCGCCCGCCCACGCCGGCACCCCCGGACCCGAGCGCCGGGGGGGCCCGCCCCCGCCGCCACCCCGGACCGGCCCCCCGCGCCCCACCCGCCCCCCCCGACCCGACGGCCCUUGCCAGCGGGCACCCGCCCGCGCCCCGCCGCGCCCAGCCGCCCCCCGGGCCACGCCCCCCCCCCCCCCCCCCCCCCCCCCGCGCCCCGGCCCGACGCCGCGCCCCCCCACCCCUCCACCCCCGCCCGCCGGGCCCCGGCCCGACGCCCGGCCGCGGCCCGGCCGCCCACCCGCCGGCCCCCCCCCCUGCGGGCGCGCCCGGUCCCGGCCCCCCGCCGCCCCCGCCCCCCCCCCGACCCCCGCCCCCCGGCCCCUCCCCGCCGGCGGACGGCCCCGCCGCCCCCCACGACCCCCGCGGCCCCGCCCGCGCCCAGGCCCGCGCCACUGCCCCGUCACGCCGCGCCCGCCCGCCCCCGCCCCGCGCUCCCCCGCCGCCCCCCCCCGAUCCCCCCCCCCACCCGCCCCCCCCCCCCCUGCGCCCCGCCCCCCCGCCCCCGACCGCCCCCCGCCGCGCGGGGCCCGCCCCCCCCCCCGCCCCCUGGCCCGCGGCGCCCGCCCGCCGCCCCCGCCCCGCACCCCGCCCCCCCGGCCCCCCCCGCCCCGCGGGGCCCCCCACCGCCCCCCCCCGGGCUGGCCCCGCGGGCCCCCCCCCCCCCGCGCCCCCCCCCGCUCCCGACCCGGGCCCGCGCGGACAGCGCCCCGCGGCCCGCCCCCGGCUGACGCGACCCCCCGGCCCGGCCCCCCGCCGCUCCGCGCCGCCGCCGGCCCCCCCCCGCCCCCCGCCCCCGCCCCUCCGCCCCCGCCCCCGCCCCCCCCCCCCCGGCCCCCCGGGCCAACCCGCGCCCCCCCCCCCGGACCCCCCCGCGCCUGCCCGCCCCCACCCGGGCCCGCCCCCCGCCCGCCCGGCCGGCCCCCGGCCCCCCCCCCGACGGCCGCCGCCCCCCCCCGCCCCGGGUGGCCCCCCGCCCGGGCGCCCCCCCCCCGCCCGCGUGCCACGGGCCCCGGCCCCCCCGGCCGCGCGGCGACCCCCGGCCCCCCCACCCCGGGCCCCCGUCCCCCCCGAGCCGGGCCGGACCCCCCCCGCGCCCCCGCCCCCCGCGCCCGCCACCCCCGACCUCCGGCCCCCGCGAGGGCCCCCCCCCCCCCGCGGCCGGGGGCCGCGGGGGGCGCCCACCCGAGCCCCCCGGCACCGCCCCCCCGCCCCCCCCCCCGGCCCCCGCCGCCCCUCGCGGCCACCGCCCCGCACCCGACCCUCCCACCCCCCGACGGCGCGCGCCCCAGCCCGCGCCCCGCGGCCCGCCCCCCCCCCCCGACGGCCGCCGCCGCGCGAGGCCGCCGGCCCCGCCCCCCCCCCCGCGCUCCGCCGGCGCCCGACCCCCGCCCCCCCCCCACCGCCCCAUCGCCCGCCCCCCGCGCCCCCCCCCCCGGCGCCCGGGCGGCGACCCCCCGCGUCCAGCCGGGACCCCCGGCCCACGGGGACCCCCCGCCCCGGAACGCCGCGCGCCCCCGCCCCCCCCAGCGCGCGGAGCCCCCGCUCGCGGCCCCGCGCCGCCCCCCCGGGCGCCCCCCCCCCGCCCCCCCCCCCGCCCCCCGCCCGCCGGGCCCGGGCGCCCCGCGCCCGCCGCGCCCGCCCGCCCCUCCGUCCGCCCCCCCCCCCCCCGCCCCCCCGCGCGCACCCGCGGCCCCUCCCCCGCCGCCGCCCCGGCGCCCGCCCCCCCCCGCCCCGGUCCGCGGCUGCGCGGCCCCCACCGGCCCCCCCGCCCCCCCCCCCGCCCCGCCUCGGCCCCCCCCCCCGGACCCCCCCCCCCGCCCGGCCCCCCCCCCCCCCCCCGCCGCCCGGGCCCCCCCCCACCGCCCCACCCCGCCCGGGCGGGCCCCUCCCCCCCCCGGCCCCCGGGCCGCGUCCGCCCCCCCCCCCGCUCCCCCCCCGCGGCCCCCCCCCGCCCCCCGCGCCGCCCGACGGCCCCCCGACCCGGGCCCUACCCCCCCCCCCCGGGACGGGGGGUCCGCCGGCCCGGGUCCCGGCCCCCCCACGCCCCCCCCGCCUCGCCCGCCCGCCCGCCCGGUGCCCCCGCGCGCACCGCCCCGGCGCCCCCCGGCCCCCGCCCGCCGACCUCCCUGCCGCCGAGACCGCCCCACGCGGCCCCCCCGCCCGGGGGCGACGGGAGCGCCCGGCGCCCGGACCCCGGCGCGCUACCGCGCCCCCCCCCGCCGCCCCCCCCGCCCCCCCGCCCCACCCCCCCCCCACCAACCGGCCGGCGCCCCCGCGCCCCCUCCCCCCGGGCGGCCCCCCCCCCCGCCGACCCCCCCCCCGCCCGCCCCCGCGCGGACCCCGGUCACGCCCCACCGCCCCCCCCGGGCGCCUCCCCCGCCCCCCCCGUCCCCCCCCCGCCCCGCUACGCGCCUCGGCCGCGCGGCCCGCGGCACCUACGCGGCCGCCCCCCCCGCCCACCCCCGCCCGGCCGAAACCCCGGGCGGCCGCGGCCGCCCCCCGAUCCGGACCCCCCAGCGGGCCCCCCCCCCGCUCGUGGCGCAGCCGCCCGCGGGCCGAACCGCGCCGCCGGCCGCCCGCCGACGCCCGCCCGCGCGCCGCCCCCGCCCCCGCGCGCCGGCCCCCCCGGCGGAGCGCGCCCGCGCGGACCGCGCCGCCCGCGGCCGCCGCGCCUCGCCCGAACCCCACCGCCCUGCCCGGCGCCCCCGCGACCCGCCCGCCCCGGCACUCCGACGGAGCCGCCGGAAGCCCGCCGGAAGCCGCGCGCCGCCGAGGACCCGCCGCGGGCGCGACCGCCCGCCGGGGCGGCGGGCCGCCGCGCCGCCGGCGCGACCCGCGGCCCGCCGCGCGGCGGCGAGCAGCGCCCGCGCCCCGCGCCCCGACACCGGACCACCGCCCCCGACCCGCGCGCGCCCCCCGUCGCGCGGCGCCCGGCGCGCGCCCCGCCGCCGCCGCCGCGCGGCCGCGGCCCCCCGCGCCCGCGCCCGCCCCCCGCCGCCCCGCCGCGCCGCCGCCCCCCCCGCGACGCGCGCGCGCCGCGCCGGCCCGGCGCCCCCCGGGCCGCCGCGCGACGGCGCCGGACCCCCCCCCGCCCGCGUGCGCGGCGCGGGCGGGCGAUCCCGCCCGCCCCCUCCGCCCCGCCCCGCCGGCCCGCCGCGCCGCCUCCCCCCGCCCGCCCGCGGCUCGCCGCCCCCCGGGCCCCCCCCCCGCGGCGCUGCGCGCGCCGCCGCCCGCCCGCCCCGCCGCCGCGACCCCGGGGAACCGCCCCGCGGCCCCGCGGCCCCGCCGCGCCGCGCGCCCCCGCGCGCCGCGCCCGCGCGCCCCGCGCGCGCCCGCGACCCCGGCGCCCGCCCGCCCGGCCCCCUGCCCAGCCCGCCCGCGCGACCCGAUGGGACCCGAGGACACAAGCAACCGCCCCCCCCGGCGACGAGCCCGGCGACGCCCGCCGCCGCGGAAACGCGGGACGCGGCGCGCCUCCGCCGUGGGCCCCGGCGGCCCGACGCGCUCCGCUCGCCCGCGCGCGCCCCGCGCGCCGCGGCCCGCCCCCGCCCGGCCGCCUAACAGAACCCGCCGCCGCCCCCCCCCGCGCCCGCCCCCGCGCCCGCCGGUCGGCGAACGCCGCGCCCCCGAGCGCCGUCCCCGGCCUGCGCCGCGUCCCCCGCCCGCGGCCGGCGCCGCCGCCCGCGCCAGCCGCCGCCCCCGGCCGCGCGCACGCUGGCCGGCCGCGCCCGCCCUCCGGCGACGCCGGCGGAAAGCGCGGCGCCACGAGGCCCGCCGGCGCCGGCCCGCGGCGCCCCCCCCUCCCGCGCCGUCGCCCCUGGCGCCCGCCCGGCCCCGUCCCCCGCGCCGGCCUAAACCGCGCGCGCGCGGUGGGGUGGGGGAUACCGACGCGCGCCCCCUCCCGCCCCCAGCGCGCGACGCGCGGCCCGCGCCGCGGCGCCCCCCCGCCCGCCCGCGCCGGUCGCGCGCUCGCCCCGCCGCGGCCGCGCCGCCCGAAAGCCGCAGGCCGCGCUCGGCCGCGCCCCCGAAGACCGCAGGCCGCCCCCGCCCCCCGCCUCCCCGCGCCCCCAGGCCGACCGCGGCCGCCGCGGGCCGCGAGCGCCCGCCGCAGCUCGCGGCGCGCGCCGCCAGCCGGCCGCCCGCUCGACCGCGAAUCCCCGCCUGCCGGCCUCCCCAGACGCCCGGCCCGCCCGGCGGGCGCGGCGCGCCCGGCCCCCCGCCCCGCGCCGCGCCGCGCGCGCCCGCCCCACGGGAACCCGCCGGCGCCGCCAGCCCGCCCACCACCCCCGCCGCCACGCCCGCCCGCGCGCCGCGCGCGGGCGGGGCCCGGGCGGUCCCGCCGGCGCGGCGAACCGCCCCGACCGCGCCGCGCCGGGCGGCCCGCGCGCGACCGCCCCGGCGGCGCCGCCGCACCCGUGACCCCGGCCCGCGCCCGCGAAACCGCCACGAGCAGCCGCGGCCGAGCGCAACGCGCGCGCCCCGGCCCCCGCGGCGCCCGCGCGGCCCCCGCCCGGCCGCCGCCCGCGGCCCCAGGCCCCUCGCCCGCGCGGCCACCCGACCCCCGCCCCGACGCGCCCGCGAACCGCCGGCCCGCGCCGCGGCCCUCCGGCCCGCCCCCCGCCGCCCCCUCGCGCUCCCCUCGCCCCCCCCGGCGCCCCCCGCCCCGGGCCCGCCCACGCGCCCGUCACCCCGCGCCCCCCUCCGCGAGGGCCCCCUCCCCCCUCCGCGCGGCGCCGCCCCGCCCCCCGCUCCCGCCCCCCCGCCCGCCCGCCCGGCCGCCUGGGCACCCGCGCCCUCCCGCCGCGCGCGCGGCCCCGCGAACGGCGACGUCGCGCCCCGCCCGCCCCCGCGCCCGCGCCGCGCUCCGUCCCGCGACCGCCCACGCGCCUCGCCGGCCGCCGCGCCUGGCGCGGAGCGUCGGCUCCCCGACGACGCUGCGAGCCCCGGCCGCCGCCGCGCCCCGAACGCGCGCCGGCCACGCCGCCCCGCCCCCCGCCCCCUCCCGCCGCCGCCCGCCGGCGGCGCCGCCGCUCCCCCCCUGCCGCGCGCCUCGGCGCCGCGGCCGGCGCCCGCGCGCGCCCCGCGGACCGCCGCCCCCGAACAUCGCUGCCCCGCCGGCAUGCCCGCCCCGCGACCCCGGACACGCCCGACGCGCCAGCCGCGCGGCCCCGCCGGCCGGCGCAAGCCCCCGCGCCAGCGCGCGCCGCCGCACUACGCCGCCCGCCGACCGCGCGCCGCGCGCCCGCGCGCACCGGCCCCCCGCCCCCGCCCGCCGCCGGAGCCGCCGCGGAUGCCCGCCGCCCCGCGGGCGCGGGCGCCCCCCGCGCGCCCGCGCGCGUGGCUGGGCGGCCCAGCCGCCCCGCGCGGCGCGCACGCCCGCCCGCGCGGACCCGACCGCGGCCCGCCCGGGCUGCGCGGCCCGGCCCGCCCGCGCGGCCCCCCCCGCUCCCCCGGCCGCGCCCCGCCGGCGCGACCCGACUGCGACCGCCGCGCCGCCGCGCGCGCCCGCCGGGCUGCAGCGCGCGCCGCCCCGGCCCGGGCGCCCGCGCGCCCGCGACCGCCCGCCCGCCCGCGCUCCCCCCCGCCGCGGCCGCCGGCGGCGCCCGCCGCGCCCCGCGCCCGCCGCGCCGACGCGCCGCGCGUCCGACGGCGCCGCCCGACUCCCCGCCCGCCGCCGGGCCGCGCGAGGGGCGCGCGCCGCGCGCGGCCGCCCGCACGCGCCGCGCCCCGCGCGCCCGCCCCCGCCGCCGCGCUCGCGCGCGCGCGCGCGCCCGCCCCCCCCGAGCCGGCAACCGACGCGCCCCCGCCUCGCUCCGCCGGCCGCGCGGCCGCGGGCGCGAAACGUCCCGAGCCGCGUCCCGCCCGGCCGCACGCGCGCCGUCGCGCCGAAACGGCCGCCCCCCCGGCCCCCGCGGCCCCGCGCCCCGCGGCCCCGGUCUCGCCCCGCCGCCCGCCGAAAACGCGGCCCCCGCGCCCCACCCCCGGCGCGCGCGUGUCCCGCGGCGCGACCGCGCGCCCGGUCGCCGGCCGCGCGCCCCCGCCGCGCCGCCGCCCCGCCGACGGCCGCGUGCCCACCCGCCCGGCGGCCGCGCCGCCCGGCCGCCCCCCCGCCGCCCCGCCCGCGCCCCCUGCGGCGCGGCGGCGCGCCCCGCCCGCGCGCGCGCCGCGCAAAGCCGCCCCCCCCCGGCCGCCCCCGACCCGCGCCGCGACCGGCCCCGCGCCGUGGCCGCGCCGGGCCGACGCGCCGGCCGCGCCGCCGGGCGCCGGGCGGCGCGCGCGCGUCCUCCCCGCGCGCCCGGCGGCCCCCGCGCGCGCCCCGCCGCCCGCUGCCAGCCGCGCCCCCCCGAAGAACGCCCCCCGGGGCGCGCGUAACGCCCCGGCCCGCCCCGCGCGCCCGCCCCCCCGCCAGCGCCGCCCCGCCCGCGGCCCCGCCGGCGCCCCCGGCGCCCCCGAGCGCGCGGCGGCGCCUCGCGCGCCCCCGCGGCGCGCGCGCCCGCGCCCCCCCCGCCGCCCCGGCCGCCGCCGCCCAGGCCCGCUGCCGGCGCCGCGCGCGGCGCGAAGCGCGCGCCCCCGGAACGCGCGGCCGCCGCGCCCCGCCCGAACGGCGCCCGCCCCCGCCCCGCGCGGCGCGCGCGGCGCGCGCCCGACGGCCCCCCCGGUGCCCCCGCGGCCCGCGACCCCUGCGACUCCGCCCGCCCCGCCCCAGCCGCGCCUGCCCGCCCGCGCCCGCCGCGCGCCGCGAGGCGCCCGCCGCGCCGGCCCGCGCGCCCCUCCCGGCCGCCGGCCGAGCGCCGCCCCCCGCGCCGUCGCCCGCACCCCACACGGAACCGGGGCGCCCAGCGCCAACACCGCGAACCCCGCCCGCGGCACCCUCCCCCCGCGGCACCCGCUCGCGCCCACCCCCGCGCCGGCGCGUGCCGCCCGCGCGCGGCGCACCGCCCCGCCGCGCGCGGCCCGCGCCCCCAGCGCGCCCCCGCCCGCCCCACGCCCCCUGCGCGCCCCCGAACCCGACCGCCCGGAGCGCGGCGAGGCCCCCCGCCGCGCGCGCGCCCCGCCCGCCCCCCGGGCCGGGCCCCCCGCGGGCGCUGCCGCCGCGCGGCCGCGCCCCCCCGCCGCCGCCCGCCCGAAACGGGCCCCGCGCCCGCGCCGCCCACGCGAGGCCGCGCGCGCCCCGCCGCGCCGCCGCCCCAGGCGCCCGCGCGCGCGCCCCGCGCCGCGCCCGCCGCGCCAGCGCGCCGUCCCCCGCUCGCCCCCCCCCGCCCCGCGGCCGACCCCCCCCGCCCCCCCGGGGCCUGGCCGCGCGACGCCGCAGCCCGCCGCCCAGCCGCCGCCCCCGCGCCCCGGGCCGCGCGGC